AACAAAACUUUUUUUCUGGGAGCACUUUCGUUUCAGGUCUGUUGUGUCAUUGCGCCUGCUUUGAUUGCCUUGCCUUUCAAUGGGCGGCCGUAGCUAGUAGCGCAGGCAGGAGAUAUGCCCGGGAGAGUGUUGCUGGCGGCGGUACAGUAGCAGGGGGCCCUGUCUGUCACUUUCCUCUGGCGCUGUGCUGUUACACGUGGAGAGCCGUGCGUGCCCCCCGGUGCCGUCCCAUGCCCCCCAUAGCCAGAUUCCAUGCCAGACAGCCCCUCUCCUCCUACCACUCUGUCCCUCUGCCAUGCGGGCUAGAUAAGGGGCAGCAGCAGCAGCCUGCUAGUCUGUGCUUUAGCUUCACUGUUUGCUUUACGGGAGGUGGGCAGCCAUGGAUGGGCAGGGAGGAAAGGGCACCGUUGCCCACAGUAAGGAUGAAGCUGCCAUGGACUCCUAUCUGAGAUCUGAAGGGCUGUACAGGAAGAAGAUAGCUAAGGAUGGCUCAUGUCUGUUCAGGGCUGUGGCCGAGCAGGUUAUGCACUCACAAUCAGAACAUCUUAAGAUAAGAAAAUCCUGUAUAAAUUAUUUACGUAAAAAUCGUGGACAAUAUGAAGCGUUUAUUGAGGGAUCAUUUGAAGACUAUCUAAAAAGUUUAGAAAAUCCACAGGAGUGGGUUGGCCAAGUGGAAAUAAGUGCCCUUUCUCUUAUGUUCAAGAAAGAUUUUAUUAUUUAUCAAGAGCCUAAUGUUCCCCCUGCUUGUGUCACUGAGAAUGGCUUUUCAGAAAAGAUAAUGCUGUGUUUUUCUAAUGGGAAUCAUUAUGACAUAAUUUACCCUAUUGGUUUUGCUGAAAGUGCCGCUAUGUGCCAAUCUAUUAUUUAUGAACUGCUGUAUGAAAAAGUAAUGGGAGUAAAUGUUGGAAAAUACACGGUAGAAGAGGACACUUGUGGCCCCAAUGCUACAGGAGAGGUAUAUUGCAGUGAUGGGUCAGGAUCUGAAGGGGAAGAUGUUUCCAAGAACAUUAAAACAAAUUUUGCAGAUAUGAAUGGAUUUAAACCUCACAAAGAUGAUAAGUGUCCACAAAAAAAAAAAGAAGAACCCACUAUGUUGCCAAGUGUUCUUCGGUCACUUCACACAACACAGUAUAGAAAUGUAGAGUAUGAGGUUUGGCUGAAGACUCAAAGAGAUCAGCAGAAACUUGAUUUCUCUAUUGCUGCCGGCAUGCAGUAUUCUGUCGGUGACAAAUGCCAGGUUCGUGUGGAGCCAGGUGGGAAGUUUUAUAAUGCCCACAUACAAGAAGUUGGUACAGAAACUGGACCAGUUAUUGUGUUUGUCGAAGAGCUUGGAGAAAAACACGCUGUUCAACUGAAACACCUUAAGCCCAUUCCUCAGACAAUCAUUAGUACAGAAGGCUGGAACACAGUAGCAGGGAAAAAGCAGAAAAAGGCUCUUCCAAGUGGGACAAAUGCACAAACUGAGAAGGAUUACAGAGGACAAAAGGGCUUUGGCAAACCAGUGAAACAGCAGGCUGCCCAACCUCUUCGACAACAGCAGGCAGCUGGAAACAAGCAGUAUGGGCUUUCUUCUCAGUUGUCCGAUCAAGCACCCCAAUCUGAGAAUAAGGGAAGAAGCAAAACUCCCCCAAAAGUGCCUGGAAGGAAAGUGGAGCGGGAGCGAAGUGAGAAUGUCACCUUUGGUUUGACAGUGGAAGAACGCAAGGAGAAAGAGGCCAUUGAGGAAUCCAAGUCUUUGUAUGAGAUGCAGAGCAUGGACAAGGAUGCGUUCCCUGCCCUUUCAUCUUUGCCUAUAGGUGAGCGAGCGGUUCAAAAAACUGAGGUCUUCCCUGUGAAAAGGAUACCAAAUGUGAUCACUGAGAACACCAGGAGAAAGUCAGAAGGAGAAGAUCAGAGAGAUAAAGCUUCUACAGCUCAAGCAACAAAAGGCAGAGAUCAAAAAUGUUGUGAUGAAACAGUUAAGCAGUUAACUUCCUCAGAUGCAGAUGAUUUGCCCAGUACGCCUGUUCUUCGAACAUCUGCUGAGCACCAGGCUUCACCCAUAGUGCCUUCUACUCCCUCAGUUGUAACAUCCUGGCCAGGUAUUCCAGCACAGAUACCUUCUAUGUCUGCAACGGGGUCUGAUUCUAGCGUGCUCCAACCUCAGGUGACAUCCUCUCCAUACCCACCACUUCCAGUUUCAGUGCCAGCAGUUAACCAGCCCUUACUGCCUUUACCUCAGACGCUGAGUGCUCUUCAGGACCCUCUCUAUCCUGGCUUCCCUUUAAAUGAAAAGGGGGAAAGAGCCACUGUACCGUCUUAUUCAUUCUGUAAGAAUGGAGGCGAUCUUCCUGAUGAUAAAAGCAUCCUUCGCUUCUUCUUCAACCUUGGUCUAAAGGCAUACACAUAUCCUAUGUGGCCACCACAUACUCAUCUGUACCCUCUUCAUCAAGCUUAUUUAAAUAUGUGCAGGAUGUAUCCAAACAUUCCUGUAUAUCCGCAAGGCUCUUGGGUCCAGGAAACAUCUGAAAACCAAAGUGAAGUAGACCCUUCACUCCUUUCCCAUCCCAGCGAAGUCAGAAUGGAAAGUCAGGGUUCACAGCCUUUAACUGUAUCAUCUUCACCUGUCCAGGUCCCUGGCAUUGUGGGUCAAAUACCAAAUCAGAGUGAAUCUGGGGUAAUUAACCAAGCCUUACACACAAAUGUUGAUUUUGAAGAUCCAGCAACAAGCAAGACCAUUUUUCCACAACCUCCAUUUGCGCAAAGCUCGUACAUGGGCGCUGUCCCAAUUGCCACUCCUUAUUUCCCUCACUUUUGGUAUGGAUACCCAUACCAAGGGUAUAUCGAAAGUCCUGUGAUAAGACAUAAUGUCUAUAUACCCCCUCAGGACAGAGAUCUGCCAGAAAACCUUUCUUCAGAGGCUGUGGAAAAUAAUUCAUCAAAUCAAAUAGCAAUAAGGCAAUCUCUGGAUUUACAAGAACAAUGCAAACCUGACCUGCCUCUUGCUUCUUCUACUGGUGGCACGGGUAGUGAGCUUAUUUCUAAUGCCUCCACAGUCCAGUCAGAGCAAAGGAUGAAUGUGAACAUUCCACAAGUGCUCACUGGUCACAAGAGCCUUCCAUCUAAGAUGAAGGAUAACCUGGUGCCCCCCUUGGCUUCAACACCAAUAGAAACCAAGGAAACUGCUUAUGGAUCAUCAGAAGACAAAGAACGGUCAGAAGUUAAUGCAGUGGCUUUAGGAAGUACACAGGCAAAUGUUUCUGAAGAGAAAGCACUUAGAGCCAGGGAAGAGAGCUCGGAGGAUGAGAGGGAAGUGUCAAACAUGUUGAGCAGUGGCAGAUCAAAGAAUUUUUAUAGUCAGUCUUACAGUACUAGGAGGCCUAGAAGUGAAAAGUAUUAUCAGCCCAACCGAGGUGGUUACCAACAUCCCAGAGGUGAAGAGGGCUGGAGAGGACAGAGAGGUAGAGAUGAUGGUUUUCAGCAUCAUCGGAGUUACAGGGGACGGCCUUAUAGGAGACGGCCUAUGGGGGACAGUUACAGAGCACAGCAAGAAUAGCAAUUGAGGGGGUGGAUUUAUUUUGUUCUAUUUCACUGAAAAGUAUGUUUAAAAGAAAUUUAAAAAGUAAAAUGCUUUUUUUUUUUGAUUGAGUUCAAGGAAAGGGAAAGGUUUGAGUAUUGGGGAGGUUGUAAAACCCCAAUUUAUAUUUUUGGACAUUUUGACUAGUUUGUACUGUGUUUGUUUUUUUUUUUUUUUCUUUAAAAGUGAUGCUAUUACAGUUAAUAGACUUUGAUAUUUGAGAAAUGUUUCGAAUAAAGAUAUGACCACUGGGUCAUGCUUCUUUCUUUAACUAGGAGUAGAGAUAUCAUACGUAGUCCUUGUUGGAAGUGUAGGGUGUUGAGAAUACAUUUCUGCUGCAGAGGAGGCGGCUGUCUGCUACUCUUGGGGCACUGACCUUUCUCAUGAUAUUAUUGCCGUGGAAACUCUACUGGGACACCAAAAAUAUGUGUUCAAUUGAGUGUAUAAAUGCCUUAGAGUUAUAUUGGGGUUCUUUUCUACAGGACCAUCUAACUCUGGAUUGUGCUUCCAUUCCAAAGGCCUUUAACCUUGGGAUCUUCAGACUCUGGUAACACAGAACUCAAAAAAUGGACAUCAUUACUUCUUGUGAUAUGCUGUAAAUUGCCAAUAGUUUACUGAAGAAAAAAUCUAAAACCUGAGGCUCCAGCUAAUUUGUUUCUCCCAAAUUACAUAUUGUUUUAAUGUCUUUGUCAAUCAAUAUUCUUUAUACUUAAUAACUCAAGUAUAUCCAACCUGUUACUGUUGAACUCUCUUCAUUCCCAGUCAGCUAUUGGCUCCUUCCUGACUGGGCAUAAUUGAAGUUGCAGUUUGGGGACAGAUCGAAUGACUGCAGGUUGGGAACUCUUGAGGUGACUAGUUGAGAAAUUGGGCUAUUAGAAAUGGUAGUUACAGUUGUGUCGCAAGUAUUUUAUGCAAGGCUUUUGCAAGCACCUUGAAAAGCGCUUUCCUUGAAAGGGCAACUUUAGACUGAAAGAGAUAGCUGCUAGCAAUAACUAAGAUUCAGGAUUGAGUGACCAUUCUUGUUCCUGCGCAAAGCAAGAGUUGAUAUGAACGAUGCUACAUUUUGCACUGACAUACCUUACAGACUUUUCAACAAGGCGUGCAAGCACACCACCCAUGUUUUUUAUUAACAGCCGUGCUGGUAAAGACACACGUCAUUGUUUUGCUUUUCAAGUUCUACAACAGGGAUAGAAAACAUUGGUCUCGCCACCCCCUUUUUUUAAGAAAAA